AUUACUGACCGUUUAAAAUUUUAUUUAUCAGUUGAAUCUCUUUUUUUGCAUCCCAAAGUUGACAGGUAUGACGUGUGUGUACAUGUGCUUGUGCAUGAGAGUUCACUUCUCUGAGCACAGAAAGUGAAAUCACGCUGAAUGAGUGUCAGCUGACUUUGGUCACAGGAUUUUAGGGAGAGCAUCCAAAAAAAAAGAAAGAAAAAAAAAUCUCCCAUUUACAGUGCAAGACUUCAGACUCCACAGACACUAACCCAUUCUGUCCACCUCUUAACUUCUAACCAGUGUUUAUUCUUUCCAUUAUUCUCCAUCUGUCUGCAUGCAUGCGUGUGUAACUAAUUCCCCUUCAGCAGAUGACGUUCCUGUUCAGUUUUGUUUGUUUUGGUGAUGCCGAUGCUCUGAUGACCUGAUUUCACCUUUUUUCUUUAAAUGCAUGAAGACGAUCCUCUCCUUCAGUCUACUGAAUGCAUGACUUGUUUGUGUCUGUUGUUGAUGUGUGUUGUUGAUCUCUGCAUAAGCGGCUCUAUGUGAGGACAGUACAGUAUGUGGUGGUUUCAGCAAGGUCUGUGUUUUCUGCCGGUGGCUCUGGUUACCUGGUCGUCCGCCACAUUCCUCAUCUCCUACACCACAGCGGUGGUUUUGGGCCAUGCUGACCUCCUUGUUCCAUACAUAAGUGACACAGGCACCGAAGUUCCUGAACGCUGUGUGUUUGGCUUCAUGCUCUCAAUCUCAGCUUUCUUAGGCUUGGGCACCAUGUAUGUGCGAUAUAAACAAGUUCAGGCUUUGAUUUCAGCCUCAGAGUCUGGUUUACAGCUGCUGAACUACAGCGGCCUGCUCAUGGGCAUCUUUAGCACUGUGGGCAUGUGUGUCGUGGCCAACUUCCAGAAAUCAGAUGUGAUGUCGAUCCACCUUCUGGGUGCUGGUUUGACUUUCGGUCCUGGGACACUGUAUAUCCUGGUUCAGACCGGCAUGUCGUACCGCAUGCAGCCUCGCUUCCACGGCAGGGACAUUCUGUGUGCGCGUGUGGCCGUGGGCAUGUGGUCCCUCAUCAGCAUCAUUGCACUGUUCGUAUCCUCUGUGGUAAUGUAUGACGAUCUGCCUGGAGUGAAUGUGGCUGCUAAAUUACACUGGCAGCCUGCAGAAAGAGGUUUUGUAGCUCAUCAGAUCAGUGCUACAGCCGAGUGGUCUCUAGCUUUCUCCUUCAUCUGCUUCUUCAUCACUUACAUACAGGAUUUCCAGAAAAUCACUCUACGAGUUCAGUCUGUGCUUCAGAGUAACCAUCUGUACAACUAUCCUCACUAUGAAGAGCGAGAGCACGUGCAGCAUGGAGAACGCUCUCCUCUACUGGCGGGCACAAUGUGACACACUGCGCCCCCUGCUGGACAACACCGAACACUGAAGCACACCGCCGUUCACAUACUCAACAAAGCUGAAUAUAUUAACUCCGACAGACACUUUUCAGCCUCAAGACAAACUUCUGAUUUGCUUUCAUGCACUAUUCUGAAAAUGCCCCGGUGUCUUGGUAUGUAAAUCUUUACAUACAUUUUAUAAUCAGACUAAGAUCAGUUAUAAAAUAUUAAUGACCGAUCACAAAUAUGGAGAUGAAAAGUAUCUUUUAUUUAAUUUAAAUGUCAUACUGAAUGUGUUGUUUCCUUUUAAAAUACAUUUAGAGAAUUGCGUCUGGCUCAGUUUCUGUGACAAGCCGAAACAAGCCUUGCAAACAUUAAAUACAGCAGCAUAUCACAAUACAGUUACCCCUGAUGCCCAACAGACCCCAACAUGAAUGACAAACCGAACACACGAAGACAUAAAUAAAAAAUAAUCAGACA